UAUUCCCCUUCAGUAUUUAAAGCUAUUUUUACAAAUCUCAAUGCCACUGGAAGAUAUGGUCCAACAACGCUGGGCAGUCACUACACAGGUCAGGAUCAUGACGGACAAGUUACAGUAUCCAACGGUACUCAGCGGUGGACUGUGCCGUACACUGGUGACUACAGAAUAGAAGCAAUAGGAGCAGCAGGAGGAUACGAUUCAACAGCUAACAGCUCUCAGUAUCGUGGAAGAGGAGCAAAAAUAACUGGAACAUUCCGCUUAAACAAGGGCGAAGUCAUCCUGAUACUUGUUGGUCAAGAGGGAACAGUAAACAUUGCGGGUCCGUCAUCUGGAGGCGGUGGAGGUACAUUUGUAGUGAGAGGAGCCAACACUUCUUUAAUAAUAGCUGGAGGCGGAGGAGGCGUACAGCAGGCGGUUUCAAAACAUGCAGGAUGCGACGCCAGCACAGAAACAACUGGGAAUCCUGGGUACAAUUCAUGGUCAGGGGGGAGUGAUGGGCAUGGUGCCCAGGCCUCUGAUAGAAAUGGCCGGGGUAAGUUCUUUAAUCAGUUAUAGUAAGAAAAAAAAGAGAGAAUUGAUACAUUAUUUAUCGGCUAAGCUCGUGACCAAAGUCUUUGCUUGAAAAUGCUGCCCGGCCAGCAAAAACUAAUAUUUAUGACAAUCGCUCCUUAAGUAUCUCAAUCAAAAAAAUAUAUUUUUGUUUACAUGUAAUUAUCAUUAUUAUCUUUCAGGUGGUGGUGGUGGCGGGUUUUACUCCAAUGGAAAAAGUGGACAAAACUUUGGUGGAGGCAGUGGAAACGGCGGAGAGGGUGGUAGGGGAUUUCUUCAGGGAGGGGAGGGUGGGAGAGCUUGGAAAAAUGGUAUCGAUGGUGGGUUUGGUGGAGGCGGUGGAGCUGCUGGAUGGAGAGCUGGAGGAGCAGGGGGAGGAGGGGGAGGAGGGGGAUACUCUGGGGGAGGCGUUGGAGACAAUGCUCGUGAUACCUGUGGGGGUGGGGGAGGCUCCUACAAUGUUGGAAUUAAUCGGCAAGAUGAAUGUUGCUAUAACACGGCUGGUCACGGCCAGGUGACCAUUUCAUUAUUAUAG